CCGUGUGUGCAAUAUUGGAGACAAAAUAUUUGAGUAAUAUUUUAGAGAUCAGAUCUAGCAUUGUGAACCAUGUUGGGAAAUAGAAGAUCAUUCAUUUUCUUGGCUCUUCUUGUUCUAUUAAUCCAACUGCAGGGACAAAGCACUGGCCAUGCAAAUGGUCGUCAUUACCCUGCUGGAUCACAAGGGUUCAUUAGAACAAGUGGAACCCAUUUCGUGAAGAAUGGGAGGAGAUUGAACCUCAAUGGGUUCAAUGCAUAUUGGCUGAUGUACAUGGCGUCUGAUCCUACAACAAGGGCGAAUGUGACGAACACUUUCCAUCAAGCUUCGAAAGAAGGGAUGAACAUUGCAAGAACUUGGGCUUUCAGUGAUGGUGGAAGUUACAGACCCCUGCAGCCCUCUCCUGGCACUUACAAUCCACUCAUGUUUCAGGGAUUAGAUUUUGUGAUCUCAGAGGCGAGGAAGUAUGGAAUUUAUUUGAUCCUGAGCUUGGUGAAUAACUGGGAAGCUUAUGGGGGCAAAAAACAAUAUGUGCAGUGGGCAAGAGACCGAGGCCAAUCCUUGAAAAAUGAUGACGACUUUUUCACUAGUGUUGUUGUUAAGGGAUACUACAAAAAUCAUGUCAAGGCUGUGCUAACAAGAGUGAAUUCGAUAACUGGGAUAGCGUAUAAAGAUGAUCCCACCAUCUUUGCUUGGGAGCUAAUGAAUGAACCUCGUUGCCAAACUGCAGGCUUCUCUGGAAGGCCUAUUCAGGAUUGGAUCAGAGAAAUGGCCACCCACGUUAAGUCCAUCGAUGGAAAUCAUCUCCUGGAAAUUGGACUGGAAGGAUUCUAUGGGGAAUCCAGGAAACAAAACAAUCCUGGAAACCAAGUUGUUGGGACCGACUUCAUUUCCAACAAUCAGAUUCCUGGGAUCGAUUUUGCCACCAUUCAUCUCUACCCUGAGCAAUGGAUGGAGGGUUCGAGUAAGGAAGAGCAAUCUGCAUUUGUGGAAAAAUGGAUUCGAACCCACAUCGCAGACUCGAAUUCACUGCUCAAGAAGCCACUCCUCCUCGCUGAAUUCGGGAAGUCAUCGAAAUCAGCAGGGUACAGCGUGGGUGCAAGGGACGAGUACUACCAGUAUAUUUACAACACCGUGUUUGGUUGCGUUAAAAGCGGGGGACCGUUGGGGGGCGGGCUCUUUUGGCAACUCAUGGCCUCUGGAAUGGACAGCUUCAGAGACGGCUAUGAAGUUGUGUUGGAUGAAUGCCCGUCAACCGCCGCCAUUAUCCAUCAUCAGUCUCGAAGGCUUUCGGCUAUCAACUGAACAAGCAGCUAAUUAUUUCACUCAUUCGAUGCGAAUUACGAGGGUAAUACAGUAAUAUCGUCAAAAUAACAAUAACAGUACUGUCCUUAUGCACUGCUAUAUAUGUUCAAUGAGACGCAUAACAAUUGAAUGUGGCAAUAAGGGAUUUACUAAUGGGAUGCCAUAAACUAUACAUAUGGUUGUGCUUUAAUCUGUGAA